CCCGCGCGGAGGGCGCGCGGUCCCGAGGGCCCGAGGAGGAGGGGAGCCGGUGACGCUGCGGGAGCCGCCGCCAGCGCCGGACGGAGUCGGCGGCCGGGCGGAGGACUGACGGGUGGACCCUCGGACGCAGCCCCAGGCCGAGCCGCAGGCUUCCUGGCGCAGCGGGGCGGCCCCGAACCCCAGCGGGAAGAUGUUCAACGUGGAGUCCUUGGAGCGAGUGGAGCUGUGCGAGAGCCUCCUCACUUGGAUCCAGACAUUUAACGUGGAUGCGCCAUGCCAGACCGUGGAAGAUUUAACGAAUGGGGUUGUGAUGGCCCAGGCUCUUCAGAAGAUAGAUCCUGCAUACUUUGAUGAAAAUUGGCUAAACAGAAUCAAAACUGAAGUAGGAGAUAAUUGGAGGCUAAAGAUAAGCAAUUUAAAGAAAAUUUUGAAGGGAAUCCUGGAUUACAAUCAUGAGAUUUUAGGGCAGCAGAUUAAUGACUUUACCCUUCCUGAUGUGAACCUCAUUGGAGAACAUUCUGAUGCUGCGGAGCUGGGAAGGAUGCUGCAACUCAUCUUGGGCUGUGCAGUGAACUGUGAACAGAAGCAAGAGUACAUCCAAGCCAUUAUGAUGAUGGAGGAGUCUGUUCAGCAUGUUGUCAUGACAGCCAUUCAGGAGCUGAUGAGUAAAGAGUCUCCUGUCUCUGCUGGAAAUGAUGCCUACGUUGACCUUGAUCGCCAGCUGAAGAAAACGUCAGAGGAACUAAAUGAAGCUUUGUCAGCCAAGGAAGAAAUCGCUCAAAGGUGCCAUGAGUUGGAUCUGCAGGUCGCAGCGUUGCAGGAGGAGAAGAGUAGCCUGUUGGCUGAGAAUCAGGUGUUAAUGGAAAGACUUAAUCAGUCUGAUUCCAUAGAAGAUCCUAACAGCCCAGCGGGAAGAAGGCACCUGCAACUCCAGACUCAGUUAGAACAGCUCCAGGAAGAGACAUUCAGACUUGAAGCAGCCAAAGAUGAUUAUCGAAUACGCUGUGAAGAGUUAGAGAAGGAGAUCGCUGAACUCCGGCAGCAGAAUGAUGAGCUCACCACUUUGGCAGAUGAUGCCCAGUCUCUCAAAGAUGAAAUAGAUGUUCUCAGGCAUUCUUCUGAUAAGGUGUCUAAACUGGAAGGCCAAGUGGAAUCAUAUAAAAAGAAGCUAGAGGAUCUUGGUGAUCUGCGGAGGCAGGUUAAACUCUUAGAGGAGAAGAAUACUAUGUAUAUGCAGAACACUGUCAGUCUAGAGGAAGAGCUUAGAAAAGCCAAUGCAGCUCGAAGUCAACUGGAGACAUAUAAGAGACAGGUAGUAGAACUGCAAAAUAGAUUAUCUGAAGAAUCAAAGAAAGCAGAUAAAUUAGAUUUUGAAUAUAAGCGGCUGAAAGAAAAAGUUGACAGUCUUCAAAAAGAAAAGGAUAGGUUAAGAACAGAAAGGGAUUCUCUGAAGGAAACCAUUGAAGAGCUGCGCUGUGUUCAGGCUCAAGAAGGGCAGCUCACAACUCAAGGGUUAAUACCUCUGGGAAGUCAGGAAUCUUCAGAUAGCCUGGCGGCAGAGAUCGUUACCCCUGAAAUCAGGGAGAAGCUUAUUCGUCUUCAGCAUGAGAAUAAGAUGUUAAAAAUCAACCAAGAGGGUUCAGACAAUGAAAAAAUCGCCUUGUUGCAGAGCCUUCUAGAUGAUGCCAACCUACGAAAGAAUGAGCUGGAGACGGAGAACAGGCUGGUGAAUCAGAGGCUUCUGGAAGUACAGUCACAAGUAGAAGAACUGCAAAAAUCCUUACAGGAUCAAGGCUCAAAGGCAGAAGAUGCUAUUUCAGUUCUUCUAAAAAAGAAGCUUGAAGAACAUCUAGAGAAGCUGCACGAGGCCAAUAAUGAAUUGCAGAAGAAGAGAGCCAUCAUCGAAGAUCUCGAACCAAGAUUUAACAACAGCUCCUUAAAAAUUGAAGAAUUACAAGAAGCCUUACGGAAGAAAGAAGAAGAAAUGAAACAAAUGGAAGAACGAUAUAAAAAAUACUUGGAAAAAGCCAAAAGUGUUAUUCGUACUUUAGAUCCUAAACAAAAUCAAGGAGCAGCACCAGAAAUACAAGCUCUUAAAAAUCAGCUCCAGGAACGGGACCGACUAUUCCAUUCAUUAGAGAAAGAAUAUGAGAAAACAAAGAGUCAGAGAGAGAUGGAGGAGAAAUAUAUUGUUAGUGCCUGGUACAAUAUGGGAAUGACUCUUCAUAAAAAGGCGGCUGAAGACAGACUUGCUAGCACAAGUUCAGGGCAGUCAUUUCUGGCGAGGCAAAGACAGGCCACCAGCACGAGAAGAUCAUACCCAGGCCACGUACAGCCAGCCACAGCAAGAAAUCAUACUUGAAGAAAGGUAUUAGAAUCCACAGAAAUGACUUCAUGCAUUGUGCUAAUUUUUCACAUUAAGUACAGAAGUCUGAGCUCAGUGUGAAUCCUUCUGCCUGGUAAGAGGUAAGACAAGAAGAACUAGUAGUAAUGGAGAGAACCACUGGAGUGGAAUGCAUUGUGGGGCCUUGGGAGGCCAAGCAAACCUCAUCAACAUGGAAAGUUUUAACAAUGAAACAUUAAAGAUGAUUUAAGAUGGUACAGCCUUUCCUACCCCUUUACCUCACAAAUUAGAGGAAGGACCCAACUGUUCCUUGAUCCUAAUCCAUCGGGGCAUAAACACUAAAUAACCUUGGUAAAAUUGAACUGUUGGGAAACAUACCUACAGAAUAUGAUGGAUGAAAAUAUAAGAGUCUAUGAGCUAUUUAUUAAAUGGGCUAUAUCCCACUAGGUAAGAGGUUUUCAUUUCAGUUCUUUAUUUGUUGCCUCAGUGCUGGUCUCCUACUUACCCAUCUAUUCAGAUAUGUUCCUCUAAAUGGGAGAAGAAAGUACCAAGCUUUUAGAAAGAAGUGCUCCAGGUUUUUUUUCUUCAGCCACUGUUGCAUGCCAUUAUUUUGGUGUUUACAUUCAUAACUUUCACUCACCUUUAUAUAGUAUCUUUACAUUUCAGUGUAUUGCUUUCAUUACAUGGUAGAAAUUAUGUUUCUAAACAUUUCGUGACACUUUUUAAAAAAGCAGGAAUAAAACUUAGCUGUCACAGUGGCAAGCCCUGUUUCCUUUGCUCAUCUUUGGAAAGGACUUAUAAAUUUCUCUUUCCUCAGUAAUGAUUGAUUUUUUUUUCUCAGGAGGUUUGUGAUGGUGCCUGGUCCAUCUGGAAGUUAAAAGACAUUGGGCGCCUUAUGUAGACAGGAGCCAUACUGUGCAGUACCUUGUACCCAGUAGCUCCACAAAGCCACCGUCUGCUAGGGCAGCAGUGGAGUCAGCACAGUGUCACUGAGCUGAGGUUGGGGUGAGCCAUCACCCCAGAGUCUGAAUUCUUAUAAACAAAAAGCUUAUUUUCCUUCUUCUUUCUAACCAGGGUAAGAAAAUACAAAGUUAAUAACUAAGGACUAUACAAGCAUAAAAUGUAUAUUCUGCAAUGUGUAUUUAAGAAGUUUGUAAUGGCAGAAAAGAUCCAGCAAAUAUCAUAGUCUAACACAUCUCAAAAAGAGAAUAAAUAAUACAUUUGUACGUAUCUUAAGAGAACUUUCAAAAACUUGGAUCAUAUCUUUUUAAAAUUUGUCUGAUUUCUUAAUAAUAACCAAGAAAAAGAAGUCCCUAAAUAAAAGCUCCAUUUUCUAAAAUUGAUCAGGAUUGAAUUAUUUGUUUGAUGGUCCAGCCUGGUAAAAUUGGCUAGUGAGAUGAUUCAUUAUAAUGAGGCUAAUACCCAUAUGUAUCAGCAGUCCUCAGGAAGGCAUGAAGCUCCGUGCUGGGUAAUGUGAAGGGAAGGAUGAUUUAGGGUGUGGGAAAGGUACACUUUAUCUAUGAGCCGUUUUACCCCUAUCUCUUCAGUAGCAGUCUUGUUUAUUCCUGUCUUAUGAUAUGGAGUAUUUUGGAGCAUCUCUUACUUUUUGACAAGCAUUCAUCUUUUAAAGAUAAUGCCAUUGUUUAAAAAAAAAAAAAAAACUCGAACAUCUUAAUCCCAAUAGAAGAAUUAUCUUGAAACAAAAUUCUGAAUUUUUAAGCUUAACUCUCUGUAUUUAACUUCCACUUGUCCAGAUCUCAGUCUCCAGGAGUGUUACAGUUAGCCCCACUUGGAACACAUGAGGUUUCUCUGCAGAAGCAUCCACAACCCACAGGUAGUGUAAACCCAGCUUAGUUUAUAGCCACCUGGCUAGGAAUACCUGUGAUCCUAAAAAGGGAGAGGAAAGUGCUUGGCAUCUGGCUUUUUGCUGAGGGCAAAAUAAUAAUAAUGCUUUUGGUUGUCUGUUCAUUAAAUGAUGGAAACAUAUUUUGACUUUUUAUCUUUAUGUUAUGAAGGGGCUCUUUGCCCAGGAUUGGCUGUCAGUCUGAUGUAGGAUUGUGCUUCUUAAUAGUGAAGCCUAGGUGUUUGUUCCCGUUGUGGCUCAGCAGAAAUGAACCCAACUAGUAUCCAUGAGGAUGCGGGUUUGAUCCCACUCAGUGGGUUAAAGAUCUGUUGUUGCCUUGAGCUAUGGUGUGAGUUGCAGACUUGG